AUGUACCUAGGCACGAGGAUCAUCUUCAAUGGCGCAGUUGUUGGGAAAAACCUCGGCAUUUUCUCAUCUCUUAUUCUUGCACGUCGAGAGAACCCUGAAGCGGCCUUCCAGCCCUACAUCUUGUCCAGAAUCCAGAAUGCAUCCAACGAUGAUCCUUCUUUAUUUGUCGAUCCUCUGCGCCUUAGUCUCUGGUGCAAGUGUCAAUUCUUCCGUCAUUACCACCCGGAUUCGAAACAGAUUCUCCUUGACAGUGCUGUUGAAGGACACGUCCUGGUGAAGAAUGCCAACAAUGCCCUGCCGCUGAAAAGGCCCAGAUUGCUCUCUCUGUUUGGAUAUGAUUGUCUUGCGCCGCGCAAGAUGAACGUCCCCAGUCCUGCGACCUUUGGUAUCAGUGGCUGGGGCUUCGGAUAUGAAUCGAGCAACGUUACUCAGGCAUUUCUCGAAUUGCUGAGUGGGACAGGGACGCUACCGCAGUACGCAGCUGGGGGGACGAUUAUCAGUGGUGGCGGGAGCGGUGCAAAUGCUCCACCUUAUAUCUCAGCACCGUUCGAUGCAAUCCUGGAGCAAGCACACAAAGACAACACCGGCCUCUUUUGGGAUUUUGAUUCCGUUUCUCCCAACGUCGACGCCGAGUCGUCUGCCUGUCUCGUCUUCAUCAAUGCUUUUUCUGCAGAAGGGUUUGAUCGUGUUGGCCUGCACGACGACUAUUCCGAUGCCCUCGUCCUGAACAUCGCCUCGAAAUGCAACAACACCAUCGUCAUCAUCCACAACGCGGGCAUCCGCCUUGUCGACCAGUGGAUCGACCAUCCGAACGUGACGGCCGUCAUGUUCGCCCAUCUUCCGGGCCAAGAGAGCGGUCGCGCGCUCGUCCAGCUGCUGUACGGGUACAAGUCUCCCUCUGGAAAACUCCCCUACACGGUGGCGAGAAACGAGUCAGAUUACAACGUUCUCUCUCCAGCGUUGCCUGAAGGCCGAUACAGCGUUUUCCCGCAGAGCAUCGUCCCGCGCUAUGAGUUUGGAUUCGGCCUGAGCUAUACCACGUUCGAAUACGACGACCUUCGUUUGUCAUUGUACCCAAACGCCUCCACCUCGUACUACCCUCCCAACUCGACCGUCCUGCCCGGCGGACUCGCCUCACUCUGGGACGUGAUUCUACGAGCGGAAGCAAUGGUUAAGAACACAGGGCAAAUGGCAGCUGCAGAGGUCUCCCAGCUGUACGUCGCUUUCCCUGGCGAUAGUACUGCUGUUAAACAAUUGCGAGGCUUUGCCAAGACGUUCAUGAAUCCCGGUGAAUCGAAACAGAUCCGCUUCGCUCUGACGAGAAGAGAUCUCUCCAGAUGGAGUGCUGUGGAUCAGGCCUGGGUCUUGCAGCGUGGGACAUACGAGGUGUAUGUUGGUGCGAGCAGUAGGGAUCUGUCGUUGAGCGGGCGGGUGGUUAUUCCUUAA